ACGGUAGUUACGCCCGCACAUGAUACACGGAUAUCACCUAAAUCACCUAUGCAAAUCAUUGAUCCAUGCCUUCCAUUUCUUCUUCUCCAUUCAGCCUUAAGCUUCUCAAAGUUCCUUACAGUUAUCCGGGUACCCUUGCAGCCGGUUCAUCUCCCCUUAAGCUUCAUCUUCCUCCCCUUCCCAACUUUUUCUUUCUCCAGACACUUUCAUUCUGCAGUACCUAAUUCUUCCACUUCCUUUCUUCUCUCGUCCAUUCUUACUCUCGUUUCCUUUUCCGCAUUAUACUCCUUUUUACUUCUGCCCUAACUUGUAUCUAGCAUGUGGUGAAAGCUGCACUUAUUCUCUCACCUUGACCCAAUGGAACCCCGCGUACUAGUAAAACAACAGCGA